GAGGCAGCAGGGAAUUGAUAAUAAAAAUGUGGGGAUAAAUAAUAAUUGUGGUACCAGAUAUAUUUAUUAUCUGCCGACUGCUGUUAUCGUAUCAUCAAUCGCUAAUCCCUGUUCAUUUUCCCCGGGUUAUUCUCAUCUGACCGCUGGCCUCUGUACUGUGUCAACAGCACAGUGAUAACAAGAAAGAUCAUAAUGUAAAUAUCAAGGAAAUUGUUGAAGUUAUUCAGUGCACGACUGGCCCCCUUGCCAUCCACGUCGUUCUGAUAGCACGACAUUUCGUGCUUGCCAGUUUGAUAAUUAGUUUAUUCAACAAUGUGGAAGUAUUUGGGGGUCUUGACCUUGAUUUGCUCGGUCAGUGCUGACUGGCAUGCAGAUUUUGGACCCUGGGUUGUUUCUACUCAAGGUGAACCCUGGCCUCUGGUUAAUCAGAGAAAUCUCCACGAGGGAUUCUUAAUUCUACAACCCUCUGGAUUUAAUAUUAAUCUAAAUCAAGAUUGUGAUGUCCUUGAAGCAGCCAAAAGUCGAUAUAUGAGUAUUAUCAUAUCAGAGAGUCAUUACGCUUAUCAGAAUUCUCGAAAGUCGGAAAAAAGAAAUUCAAUUCGCGAAAAUCCAACCUUCAAGGGAGAACUCGAGACCCUCGACAUUCGUGUUGAUGGCGCCUGCGAGGUGUUACCGUACCUCCACAUGAACGAAAGCUAUAGCCUGACGAUUACUGGAAAAACAGCUGAUUUGAUUGCACCUUCUGUGUGGGGUGCUCUCCGUGGAUUGGAGACCUUCACGCAGCUGUUGGUAGCCGCUGAUGAAGGGGCAAAUUUGAAAGUACAAACCCAAACAAUUCAAGAUGCUCCAAUGCUACCCCACAGGGGUCUCCUCCUGGACACGUCCCGUCAUUUCUUUCCACUCAGAGAUAUUUAUUUGACGUUAGAUGCCAUGUCUUAUAACAAACUCAACGUUUUCCACUGGCACAUCGUCGAUGAUAACAGUUUUCCUUAUGAGAGCAAAGCUUUCCCUGAAUUGUCUGAGAAGGGUUCGUGGCACCCUGACAUGAUCUACACUGCUGACGACAUCAAAAACGUGAUUGAGUAUGCAAGAUUCAGAGGAAUUCGAGUGAUGCCCGAGUUUGAUUCUCCAGGUCAUGUCAGAUCUUGGGGAGAGUCGCAUUCAGAGUUGCUGACUACUUGCUAUGAUAGAAGUGGAUUACCUGAUGGACGCUUGGGUCCCAUAGACCCCAGCAAUGAAAACAUCUGGCCCUUCCUGGCAACUCUUUUUAACGAAGUCAUGGACCUUUUCCAUGAUAAAUAUAUUCAUCUGGGCGGUGAUGAGGUUCCCUUCGACUGCUGGCAGAGCAAUCCCAAUAUCCGUGAUUUUAUGAGUAGAAAAGGAAUGGGAAGUGACUUCACGCGUCUUGAGAGUAGUUAUAUUGCAGAACUCUUGAAGAUCCCUGCAGCUCAUAACAAAAGCUCUGUUGUUUGGCAAGAGGUCUUCGAUAAUAACGUGGAAAUCACACCAGACACAGUGGUGCACGUGUGGACAGGCUUGUGGUCCAAGGAAUUGGCGAGUGCAACGAGGAAAGGACAUCCGGUGCUGUUAUCAGCCUGUUGGUACCUGGAUCACAUUGCAGGAGGUGGGGAUUGGCAGAAAUUUUACAGAUGCAAUCCCCUGGCAUUCAAUGGCUCAAAUGUCAAUAUGCAUUUGAUGCUCGGAGGAGAGGCUUGCAUGUGGGGUGAAUUUGUCGAUUCCACGAAUGUUCAUCAGAGGAUCUGGCCACGGGCUAGUGCAACUGCUGAACGACUCUGGACAGACAAUGCUGAUACUGUCCAACGUGCAGCCAGAAGACUUGAGGAGCACACCUGUCGAAUGAGGAAGAGGAAAGUACCUGCACAACCACCCAAUGGACCUUCUACUUGUUACUUUUGAGAUUGUCGGGUUAUUCUUGAAUAUUACGAAAAUUGUGUGGCGAAAUUAAUCAUUUGAGAUUUCCUUCAAUUCUCAAUAUCUCUUGUUGUAAAAUUGUUCAUUAAUUCCAGUUGUUAACGAACGCCUUCGAACAUUUAUGAACAAAAUUUAUGAAGAUGUAUGCCUGGUUUAAGCUAGCAGGUAUAAUGUAUUUUUUAAUUACGAGAAUUGUACAAAUAGAUGAAUAAAGGUUUAAGUGUUACUGA